UUAGUGCGUUAUCACUCUGUUAUUAUAUUGUACGUGUACUACUUGAUUGAUAUACCAAUGGCGUUAUCGUUAGCCCGAGGGCGUGGAGUCGGCGGAGGUGGGCGGGGCGGGGCGGCACGUGGCGCAGCUGGCCGCGCUCGACCACGAGCUCAGCAAGAUCAGUCUGCAUUACAAGCACACGCCCAAGGACGUAUUCAUCGAUCACAACGCGGAACAACACGACAUGCUCGCAGCCAAUGACGACAGUCAAGCCAACACAUACGAAGAGUUGUCGGCGGAGUGGGAGGGCGGCGCGGAGGGGGGGCAGUACCGCGUGUCCCGCUGCGCGCCCUGCCGCGGGUACACGCUGUGCAGGCUGCUGCCCGCGCACGCGAAAGAGAAAUUGGACCUGUCCAACGCCGGGGCGUACGAGGAGGGCUCGGGCGGGGAGUGCGCGGAGGUGGGCGAGGCGGGCGAGGCGGGCGAGGUGGGCGAGGCGGGGGAGGCGGGCGAGGCGGGGCUGGACAGCGGGUCGUGCAACUCGGCGUGCUCGGAGGCGGGCGACACGUACGUGAUCACGGACGCGCGCGCGCCCGCCUACCUGGUGACGCGCGCGCUGCAGCCGCGCGCCGCCACCAUCAUAGACCCCACCAGGACGCAGGUGAGAAAUAGAUUACUCUUAACGUUAGAAGUCAUACAUUUAUCCUAGUGCA